AUGUCAGUGUAUAAUGAGCUUCGUCUGGAACAAGAGCUGUGUGACGCGAUGAUCAAAGUGGACAGCGUUGAAUUUCCAGCACACAAGAUCAUCCUCUGCAAAUGCAGCCCCUACUUCAGAGCCCUCUUCACUCACUGGUCAACCCUAGAUAGUCGAGUCUUUGACAUUCCCAACGUGUCACCUAACAUGAUGAGGCUCAUCAUUGAGUUUGCCUACACCGACUUUGUUCCAGUGACACAAGACAACAUAGAAGAGCUUUUUAUAGCAGCAGACCAGUUCAAUGUGAUGGGCAUCGUACAAGCCUGCUGUGACCUCCUGGAGGAGCAGCUGACCCCACAGAACUGCAUCAGCAUCUUGUGGUUUACAGACGCCUAUUACACCCCCGAACUGAACCACAAGGCCCUCCUUUUCACUCUGAAUCACUUUGAGGCAGUUGCUGCCACAUCAGAAGAAUUCCUGCUGCUUUCUGUGCAUGAACUUGCUGAAAUCAUUGGGAAUGACCGACUCAAUGUGAAGCAGGAGAAAACGGUGUUUGGUGCCAUCCUUCGCUGGAUCGCCUACGCAACUGAGGAACGCAGAGAAUACAUCGCUCUGCUUUUGGCCAAAGUCAGGUUGGCUUUAAUGAGUCCAGAAAACUUUACAAAAAGCGUGUGCGACAACGAACUGGUGAAGGCAAGUGCAGAGUGUCGACUGAUUCUCCUCAGGACCCUGGAUGCCAUGCUCGACCUCCGAAGAAAGACGUUCUCUGACUCUAUCUACACUAACCCUUUGGCCCGCUCACGACUGCCCACUGCCAUCAUGUUUGCUUUUGGAGGCUGGAACAUCACCAGUCCUACCAAUGUCAUCGAGGCCUACGAUGUCCGUGCUGACCGCUGGGUCAAUGUUUCAAACAAUCAGGGGGCUCCCCGCGCCUACCACGGUGCAGUUUUUCUCGAUGGAUCAGUUUACUGUGUUGGUGGCAUUGAGCAGUUCAGGUCUAUGCACAGGUUUGACCUGGCCACGCACACCUGGCAGGUGGUGACCUCAAUGCAUUCGAGCCGUUGCUAUGUCAGCGUAACUGUCAUGGAUGGGUGCAUAUAUGCCAUAGGAGGUUAUGAUGGACAGGAUCGACUCAACACUGCUGAGCGCUAUCAGCCCAGAAACAACCAGUGGACUUUAAUUGCAUCCAUGCACGAGCGGAGAAGUGACUCCAGCUGCACAACCCUCCAUGGCAGGGUGUACAUUUGCGGUGGCUUUAACGGGAGCGAGUGCCUGUUAUCGGCUGAAUGUUACAACCCAGAGACCAACCAGUGGACACUGAUCGCCCCCAUGAGCAUCGCACGCAGUGGAAAUGGAGUCAUCGCCUAUGCAGACCAUAUCUUUGCAGUUGGUGGUUCUACUGGAACCAGCCGUCUGCGCGCUGUUGAGGCCUACAACCCCCAAACCAACACCUGGCACGCUGUGCCCUCCAUGCUGGGCUCCCGCAGUAACUUCGGCAUCGCAGUGAUCGAUGACCGUCUCUUUGUGGUCGGGGGCUUCAACGGCUUCACCACCACCCUUGACGUCGAGUGCUAUGAUGUCAAAGCUCAUGAGUGGUCUGAUGUCUGUAACAUGGAGGUCUCCCGCAGCGCCCUGAGCUGCUGCGUGGUGUAUGGACUGCCCAACCUGGCAGAGUACGCUGCCCCUCAUCACACUGUGCAAUUCUCUAAUGUGGAGGAUUGUGUAGUGGAAUGA